GGCCUUCCUCUGCCGCCGCCUCCUCCGCAUCUGGGGCGCAGGCUGGCUCCGGGAGGCAGAAGGGAAAUGGAAGACGGUGCUAACAAGCGAACAAACAGAAGACAGCAGGAGAAGGGGAAGGAUUUGCGCCGCGAGCCCCUUCGGGCCCGAGAUGCCCUGGAGAGCCGAGAAGGUGAAGGAGGAACGUUCGUACCUGCAGGACCGUCCCGAUGGGCUGAACGGGACCUCCUCGGGCGGCCGCCUCUCCCAGCUCUCCUCCCUGAACCAGGCGGCUUAUUCCUCGGCCCCCCCGCUCUGCCACACGCCGGCCUCGGACUUCCAGCCCCCCUACUUCCCGCCGCCCUACCCGCAGCCCCCCAUGCCCUACUCGCAGAGCCAGGAGGCCGGCUACCCGCACCUCGGGGACCCGUACGGCGCCAUCAACCCCAUCCACCAGCACCAGCAGCCCGGCUGGCACUCGCAGCGGGCCCGGCAGGAGGAAGCGGGGCUGCUCUCCCAGACCCACCGGGCGCUGAGCCUGGAUCCCCGCCGGGAAUACCCGGGGGUCCCCCGCCUGCUGCACGGGCUGGCCGACGGGGGCCACGGGCUUGGAGACGGGCCGCUGGGCCUCCACGGACUCGGACAUCCCAGCCUCGAGGAUAUCCAGGCUGUGGAUGAGGCUGGGCUGAAUUUACUGGAUCAGUCGGUGAUCAAGAAAGUGCCCAUCCCCUCGAAGGCGAACGGCACCACCAUCUCUGCCCUGUCGAUGAACAAAGAUAGUUUGAUUGGAGGGGUGACAAAUCCCAACGAGGUCUUCUGCUCCGUGCCUGGCCGGCUCUCCCUUCUCAGCUCCACCUCUAAGUACAAGGUGACCGUCGGGGAGGUGCAGAGAAGGCUCUCCCCACCAGAGUGUCUCAAUGCCUCUCUUCUCGGGGGAGUCCUCAGGAGGGCAAAAUCAAAAAAUGGUGGAAGGUGUUUAAGGGAAAGAUUAGAGAAAAUAGGCUUAAAUCUACCUGCAGGAAGGCGUAAAGCUGCCAACGUCACUUUGCUGACGUCGUUGGUGGAAGGCGAAGCCGUUCACCUGGCCCGGGAUUUUGGUUACGUGUGUGAAACAGAGUUCCCAGCGAAGGCAGCAGCGGAAUACCUGUGCCGUCAGCACUCCGAUCCCAGCGAACUCCACACCCGGAAAAACAUGCUUCUGGCUACCAAGCAAAUUUGUAAAGAGUUUGCAGACUUGAUGGCCCAGGAUCGUUCUCCGCUUGGGAACAGCCGCCCGUCUCUCAUCUUAGAGCCAGGUGUCCAAAGCUGCUUGACUCACUUCAGCCUGAUAACCCACGGCUUCGGGGGCCCAGCGAUCUGCGCAGCACUCACAGCCUUCCAGAACUACCUGGUGGAGUCCCUCAAGGGGCUGGAUAAAAUGUUCAUGAACAGCACAGGGAAUGGGCAUGCAGCUGGAGACUCUAAAGCAUCAGAGAAAGAAGUGAAGCAUCGGAAAUAACAUGCUGCCUCCCUACCCCUCCCCUGGGGGGAGCUCUUCCCAGCUCAUGAUAGGAGGUCUGAUCUUAUUGGUGUUGGAAAAAAAAUAUUAAGACCCAGUGCAACAUGUUUUCCGAACUACAAUGUUUGAACUUGGGAUGCAACUCUUAAAGCAAAUAAACAAGAAGAUUUAAAGAAUUUAAGAAGAAAGAAGAAGAAAAGAACCUUAAUGGACAUCACUGAGAUGGAGAGAAUAAGACAGGUUGAUGGCUUUUGUUUAUUUUAAUUGUGGAUGCAGGAAGCCAAGUCAUGUGCAAUUUUAUCUUGUUUUGUUUUUUAACCCACAACAAAAUACUGAAGUGCUCCAGGAGUCUGUUCAAACUGAAACACCGAAAAAUCAAUAGAGAGGAAAGGCCUCAGCCACUCAACAUGUUUUUGAAACUGAGGCAGAAGUAAGUCAGGUGGGAUUUUUUUGUAUUGCAGGCAGAUCUGGAUGUAUAACUUGCCUUCAACAGGCAGACAGGGAAUCUUCCAAUGAUGCCACCCACACAAUAGUCCUAUGCCCAAGACAAGAGGAAAAUCACCAGCGUUCCUGCCUUGAUUUUCAAGAGGUUUCAAGACUUUGUUUACAGUUUGCAACAAACUGACACUCACUACAGAUUUUCUCCAGGGCCUAUGGAACCCUGAGCCAUGUCAGGAGAACAAUCUUACACUCAGACUUCUUUCCACAAUGGGAACUGAUCAACGAGAACCUUCUGGAAUGUUACAUGCAAGCCAAUGGGGUCAAGCAGGUUAAGUUACACCUGGGACUAAAUAAAACUCCACCAUCUACAAAUAACAGCACACAGGUUUCUAAAAUUAAUAAUAAUAAUAAUUAAUAAAGCACAAGGAGCAGAACUUGAACCAGGCCAAAUUGAACUGAACUGUUCUAAAUCUGUACAUAUUUAUUUAUGUGUAAUUAAAUCUGAAAGUUUUAAAAUGUCCAGUGCAAGUUAUUUAUAUCUAAUUGAAUUGGGAUUUUUUUCUUUUUUUUUUUUUUUGAAAGAGGAAAGUCUUUGGAUUUUCUGCCAUUAGAAAUGGGAAUGAAGUUUUGGAGUCACAAAACUGUAGC